AUGUCCUCGUCCUCUUUCAGCCCCUCCCCACUGGGAAGGAGGCGCUCGUCUACCUCCUCUCGAGGCUCACAUCAGGGAGAGCACCCCGCCGCUUCCAGCCAAACCCAGUUCACACGCACUAUUAGCAGUGAUCUGAAACAGCUGUCCUCCUCUGUGGGCUCUGUCUCCCACCGCGAGCCCAUAAGGUCCUUUAUCCACGGCGCUGUCAGGGGCCACUUGGCCCCUCUCGACAGCGCAGAGUCGGCGCGCUCCGUCCGCGAGGAAACUGCCGAGCUGGCCAACUACUUUCUCUCCGACAAAAAGGACGGCCGGGGUGCACCUUUGUUUCGCCGGCCGCGGCCUGCCUCCUCCCAAGCAGUGCGGCAGACCACUGAACAGUACGCUCCGGAGGCUAUCUCGACGACGACACCAUCCAAUGCGAUAAUCGAGGUGUCAGAACCAUCCUCGCCGGGAGAGACUGGGCAGUCUCCGGCUGAGGGACCAUCGAUGCUCACCACCAUGUUUAGGAGAUCGCCGCCAGACAAGAGCUAUAUCUUUGCACAAAAGGAUAGCCCUGCUUAUGAGGAGAGCAUUCCGGCUGAUGACGCCGGCGAUGAUGGUCUCGUCACGCUGAGCAGAGCAUCAACCGCCGAGCCGCGCCCAUUGCUGGCCCACCGCGAUACUGACGACGACGACCCGAGCGAUAUGUCUCCGUUGCUGGCCACGAGGUCACGCGAUGGCCAACGGGGAGGCUAUGGCACUGGCCAAGAGAAUGGGCACGGCCUUGACUUGGAAGGCCAAAAGCACUCGGGGCGGAGGGAGUGGUUCGGAAGGAUAGCGGACGGUUUCUGGAACGCCGAGGGUGAGGUGGCGCAUAUUCUGCCCAUUAUCGGCAACCCAAAGCGCUGGAAUCGACAUGCCCUGUGGGAGAAUUUGGUCGUCGCACCGGUGGCUUGUCUACCAGCCGUGGUUGUUGGCCUACUGCUCAAUAUCCUGGACGCUCUAUCUUACGGCAUGAUUCUGUUUCCUCUGGGAAGCCCAAUAUUUGCGAGCUUGGGAUCUGCCGGGAUCUCCAUGUUCUACGUUAGCUGCAUCAUCUCUCAGUUAACCUUCUCAACGGGGAGCAUAUUCAAGGGCGGCGUUGGCUCCGAGCUCAUUGAAGUCGUACCCUUCUUUCACAACAUGGCCGCUACUAUCACCGAUAUAGUCGGAGACGACAAGCCUGACGCUGUCAUUGCUACGACCAUCACCUCCUACGCGCUCAGCUCGAUGCUCACAGGCGCCGUCUUCUACUUGAUGGGCAAAUUCCGGUUCGGCUACCUCGUUGGUUUCAUCCCUCGACACAUCCUGAUCGGUUGUAUUGGAGGUGUGGGCUGGUUCUUGAUUGCCACCGGCUUCGAAGUGACCGCACGAAUGGACGGCAAUCUCAACUAUGACUUGGAUACGCUCAAGCACCUGAUGCAGGGCGACACCGUUCCACUGUGGAUAAUUCCGCUUACGCUGGCGGUCAUCCUGUUUUACGGCCAGUCGAAGAUCACUUCCAAAUACUUCCUUCCGUUAUACAUUCUCGCCAUUCCCGCAGGUUUCUAUGCUUUGACCGCUGCCUUGAACUUGCUGAAUCCGGACAAGUUGAGAGAUGGUGGCUGGGUUUUCGACGGCCCACCGGCAGAUGAGCCUUGGUGGUACUUCUACACGCUCUACAAGCUCAACCAAGUGCACUGGGGAGCGAUCGCGCAGUGCAUUCCAGCCAUGCUCGCGCUCACCUUCUUCGGCAUCCUCCAUGUCCCAAUCAACGUGCCAGCCCUGGCCCUCAACACCGGCGAGGACCACGCCAAUUUGGACCAUGAACUCAAGCUUCACGGAUACUCCAACUUCGUUUCUGGCAUGGCAGGCAGCAUCCAAAACUACCUCGUCUAUUCCAACAGUCUGUUCUUCAUGCGCUCAGGCGGCAACACACGCCUAGCCGGCUUUGAACUGGCAAUCUUCACCUUGCUGGUCAUGUUGAUCGGUCCUUCGCUGAUCGGCUACAUCCCCGUCAUGAUGGUUGGGGUAUUGAUUUUUGACCUCGGCUUCGAGCUGCUUCUCGAGGCUGUGUGGCAACCGAGGAAGAAGCUGAAGCGCGUCGAAUAUUUUACGGUGGUGGCGAUAGUUCUCGUCAUGGGGACGUACGACUUUGUGGUGGGAAUUGGCGUGGGCAUUCUGCUGGCCUUCAUGUCACUGACGUUCCAGACAUCUCGAGUCUCGGCCGUCCGAGGCAGUUACUCAGGCGAUGUUGUGGGUUCAACGGUGAGGAGGAAUCCGACCCAGCAGCACUACCUUCGGCAAGUUGGUCGCCAGAUCAAUAUCAUCAAGCUCUCGGGCUAUCUGUUCUUUGGUACCAUCGUCGGUGUGGAGGACAGAAUCAGGAAACUCAUUUCCGACGAGGAAUUCAGCAGACGCCCGAUCAAGUUCCUGGUGCUUGACCUCUGGCUCGUCACGGGACUCGACUACUCUGCCGCAGAGGUCUUUAACACCAUCAGCCGGCUGCUGAAUGGCAAAGAUAUCGAGCUUGUCAUCAGCGGCGUCGACCCAGAGCACGGCCUGGGCCGCAACCUGCGGGCCGUCGGGCUUGGCGAGGAUGGCAUCGAGGUCAAACUCCUCCCCGAACUCAACUCGGCUUUGGAGUACUGCGAAAACGAACUUCUCAAAACACUCUUCGUUAACCAGGAAGACUCAGCCAGCACCCGCACCGCUUCAACCGCCAAUCUCGACGUGCCCAACCAGCCCGCACCGAAACUUUCAACCCCUGACUUGCUCGGCUCCUCCCCGCGGCGCGACCACCUCCGUGAGGCGGCAAUCAAGUCGAUUGGGCACGUGGACGCGAAGCGCUCGAGCAGCUGGCUGAGCUUCAAGGAGCCGCUGCGGCUGAUGCUGCAGAUCUUUCACGACGUGAGCGACAAGAACGAGGACUUUUGGUUCCGCGCGGUGCGCUACUUUGCGCGCGCCGAGUAUCCCGCGGGAACGGUCUUGUUCCGCCGCGGCCAGCGCGCCGAAGGGUUCUACCUGGUCGAGUCGGGCAUCUUGAGGGCCGAGUACGACCUGCCGCAGGGCUGGCUGUUUGAGAGCAUCGUGGCGGGCACCACGUGCGGCGAGUUGCCUUUCUUUUCCGAGACGAACCGUACGGCGACGUGCGUGGUCGAGAGGGAGUGUGUGGUGUGGUGGAUGGAUGAGGAGAAGUGGGUGAGGCUGCAGAGGGAGGAGCCGGAUGUGGCGCAGGAGCUGUUGAGAAUCUCGCUGAAGCUGACGAGUGAGCGGAUGUCGGUUAUCACGUCUUAUACAUUGACGAUGGCUGGGUAG